UCUGUGGUUUCCUCACGCCUUACCCACUGCACAGAUGAAGACCAGCUACGAUAGAAGCAAAUCGUCCAAAUCCCAGGCUAUCAAAGCAGAUGAGCGAAUUCCCUCCCAUGGCUCCAGGAGUGGCAACUGCCAUGAAAAACAAACCACCCAAAGCACAUUGAGACAGGCCCAUCCCAGGAACCAUGGAGAAAAAGCGAUGCCGUCCCAGGAAGAAAACAUCCUGCCUGACUGGAGGGAAGCUCAGAUGUCAGAUGUCUGCAAUGGCAACGUUUCCCUGGGACAUGUUUCUGAAGUGAUUUGCUAUAAGACCUCAGAGAAACUCCCCCACCAAGUCACCAAUGUGAACAGGAACAAGGAGGGGGUGCUAAAGAAAGUCUCCACUACAGAAGAAGUAAGAGUUGAGCCUGAGGAUUCCCCCUCCAAGAGGGUUUUCACAUUUUGGGCAAACAAAGUUAACAGCAGCAACAAAAGGGCUACCUUCCAAAAGCUACUGCAGAAGUCGUCUGUGACUGCGGGAAGCUGCUCUCCAGCCCUCCUCCCUGAGGAAGGGCUUAGCAGCUUGGAAGAAAAGCAGCAGGAUAAAAAUCCCCAGAGAAAGACCAGGAGAGACCUCUUCUCUGACUCGAAGGUUUUCAGCCACAUAGACACACACGUCCUACACGUGAGCCAGCAGCUGAAGUCUGGGCACACCAGUUUGUCCGUCCAGGCCAUCGUUCCCCUGAUCACAGCCAAAUCCCAGAGCAAACUGGAGGUGGUGCGGGCAAUAUGGUUCUGGCUCUGCCACAACAUCGAAUAUGAUGUGAAUGGCUUCUUGGGGCUGUCUCAGAAGAUCCACAUGCCAGAGCAGGUCCUGCAAACGGGAAGAGCGGUGUGUUCUGGUUAUGCCCAUUUAUGCCAGGAAAUGUGCAGGGAGGCAGGUUUGAGCUGUGUGGAGGUCCCGGGGUUUGGCCGAAGCCUGGGAUCCCGGGGAGGCCGGUGGUGCCAGCAGCAGAAGAGCAGCCACAUGUGGAACGCGGUGGAGCUGGAAGGACGGUGGUGGCUCCUGGAUGCUUGCUGGGGUGCAGGGACCGUGGAUGCAGAGAGCAGGGUUUUCAUACCCAGGCAUGAUGAUUUUUUCUUCCUUACUGACCCUGAGCACUUCAUUGAGACCCACUGGCCAGAGGACCCCCAAUGGCAGCUUCUGCAGCCCCCUGUCUUGCAGAAAGACUUUGAGCAGAGAGUUUUUAAAACUUCAGAGUUUUUCAGACUUCAGCUCUCCCUCCUUUCUCCAAACACUUCCCUCCUCAAAACAGCCUAUGGGGAGGUGUCAGUGAUGCUUGGGAGCACCCAUCCAACAGAGUUCACCUACCAGCUCUCCAAACUCCACGGCACCACAAUCGGAGAGGAUGUAGGUGCAGCUCACGGGAUGAUGACGAUGUCCAAGAACAACAUGACCAUCAAGGUGACUCCCCCAACUACGGGCUUGUUUGACCUCAUGAUCUUCGCACGCCACGCUGACUCUCAGGACCCGUACAACUGGGUGUGCUCCUAUCAGAUCCAAUGUCUGGAGCCACGCAAUGGAGAGAAACUGCCUGAAAACCCAUUUCAUUUCUGGGGCUUUCACCAAAAGGUGAGAGACUUUGGCAUCAAGGAGAGCAGCCACAAAGGAGAGCUGCUUGUUGCUCCAGAGGGAACUUUGCUCUUGACUCUCCAGACAUCCCGACCCUUGCUUGCCACAUAUGACCUGAUUAAUAAAGAUUUAGAUGCUGCUCUGAGCAAGAAAUGCUUAGCUGCUCAAGCUGAGGAGGAGAAACUGAGUUGCCAUGUGCUCUGCCCUUUCCAGGGUUACUACCGGCUCUCCAUGUUUGUGAAAGAUUUAGAAGGCAGCACCUUCAGGAAUGCAGCCAAUUUCCUCAUUCGUUGUUCGAGGCCCAUCAACCAGAACGAACUCUUCCCCUCGGGGCUGAGCAUGCACUGCGGGAGCGGGAUCAGCUCCAAUGGCCACGGCCUCUCCAACCCCAGCCACUCUUCCCCCAUCAUCAACACCAAGCUGGGGAAGUGCAACAUCACCUUCCACACGCCCACUGACAUUGAGGUGACUGCCAGCUUGAGUAAGGACAAAGUCAUGAACGCCAAGUACCCUCUGGAGAGGUACGUCCUGGUCACCCACCUGAGGACUAAAGUCAGCGUGUGCGUUGUGCUCCCCGAGUCAGGCAUCUACAAGGUGGGGCUUUUUGGGAGAAGCAAGGACCACAAGGACUUUGCCCACAUUUGUGACUACGUCAUACGCUGUUUCUCCGAUCCCAGCUGGCCUCCCUUCCCCAGGGUGUACAGCCUGUGGAGGAGAGGGUGCGUGUUGCUAGAGCCACGCACAGGGGUGCUGCAAGAGCAGAGCUGGGUCCGCUUCAGGAUCAAGGUGCCGAAAGCCUACCAAGCUGUCGUCCUUGGGCAAGAGAAGACGGUGCUGCAGCAGACCCCAAACAUGGUCUGGGAAGGGGACGUGUUUACCGGGGCUGCAGGGACGCAGGUCAAACUGGCAGCCAAGUUCAACCAGCACUGCUCCUCUCUGGAGGUCAUCCUGGCGUUUGAAGUGAGGGGUGGCUCACCUGCCUCCCUGGGGUGUUCGGGGUAAGCCACAGAGGAGUGCUGGACGUGCUGGGAAGGAUUAAAAAAAGCCAGGGGAGGAAGCAAACGCUCUCAGAACUGGAGGAUGUUGAGGAGACAUGGACAAAACUCCCAGAACUUUAUGGCAUGUCGGGGGGAGUCUGGGUGUUACCCGCAGAGCUUUUCUUCCCGCAGGAUAUCCAGAUACUUGCUGGGGCCUCCUAUCCCACUCAGAGAUGCUGCCGCCGUUUAAAUCAGCACCAACAUAUGGAAGGCUCCUAAUAUUUUGCUUCUGUCAGAGGAAACCAUUGUUCAGCUUCUCUACAGGAAGGAUGUCUCACUGCUUAUUACCAGCUUGAAUAAUUGUUUGGAAUGUUUUAUUUGACAUUUAUUCAAGAACUUGGAAACCCGCAUAGUUUCUUUCUCUUGAGAGGAUAACAACGACAACAACAAAAAAAACCCAAAAAGCCCAAACUGGAGCCAACAGCUUCAGAUGGUAGCAAGAUUUUAAAAACGUAAAUAUAUAGUACACCAAGUAAGACCUCCUUGCAGAAAGACUCUGUGCUUUGGCAGAGGAAAGGGGAAAGGAAGAGAUGCUGUAUUUUAUCAUCUAUGCCUUUAAAAUAGCUUCCAGGUUUUUAUUAUCAAGGAUGACAUGUAGAUAUAUACUUCAGAGCACUGACGGCUUAAAAUGAAGAGAGGGAGCAGGCAAGGAAGCAGCUCUGUAGCCAAAGCUUCUAAUCACUGAGCAGAAAGCACAGGGAACUCUGCUGUGAAACUCUGACACAUGCUGCAAUGCACCACAAACACCGACUUACUGAAAUCAAGCUCAACUUUCAUACUUAGGUGGAAGACCAUGGGCUAAAAGUUACACAGUGAAAACAUUUCUCCAUGCCCGCACUGGAAUCAUGCUUGAAAUGGGGAUUCUGGUUGCAAUAAUGAAGAACAAGAACCGUGGGUUAUUUUCGGAUGCUGCACGCAAGAUGGUGGGGGAACACGAUCUGCUUUCUUCAGGUUUGGCAAUUUAAAUUUGACUUGUAGCAAAAGUUCAAGUAGAUUUGAACCUUUUCUGGGCCUGAAAAUCAGACAAUGCAGCUAAUGCAUCAGGAUCCCCAUUUCACACCAAACUUGAUGGAACGACGCUGACAUGUUGGAAGACGCCCUGAAGAACAAAGUACAAGGACUACUUUGAAUUAAAGGAAGCACUUGCAGUGGUAGACAUAGGCUAAACUCUCGUCUGUGGUGCUAGAGAACAAUUGAAGAAGUACGGAUCCCUGGAUCUUCUCUUCUGACCCACGUUCUGGCUAUAUGGGGCCAUCCACUUGGAUGGAUAUGGGAAAGAAGAACAUGGGAAAGAGAAGCAUAAUGUGACUCAGGUCCCUUGUGCAUCUUUCAGAAUAACAAUAAACAAAAAGAUCUGUGCCCUGUGAGCCUGAGCAGACAAUCCAGACCCCAGUCCCAAAAGUAAGAGCCUGGAAAGCUGCUGGCAGUCAGCGUUGUCCUCUGAACUCCCACCACCAGCUGAGUACCUUUGCACGCACCUUCCGUGACCAACAGUCUUCUCACCAUGCUGUGCUCCCUGAGCAAUGGGGAUGCUGCCGUGCAGCUCUCCAGACCUCCUCGGUGCUUCCCAACCUGUGCAUUGUCCACAGACAGCACCGGUAGUCAAGUUAUAUCUGCAGACCCAGCAGGCUCCCAAAGACUGUAUUUUCGCUUGUGUUUUGUGGAAGCAGUUUGGCUUGGUGAACAAAAAUGACUGACGAGUGACAUUACUCUCGGUUCCCCCUGCCAUCUUCCUCUCCAUGUCCUCUUCUUUUCCAGUCAGUUUUGCUGUUAACUGUUCCCAGCUGUGCCCCUCUGACACCCUGGGACCACUCUACGUGUCUGUGUGUACACACAUGUUGUUAGCUGAAACUGUCCCAUCUUUGCCCAAAUUUAAGCAGGCAGGUCAUGAUCACACGCCUCCAGGGAAAACCCAUCUUCCAGCUCAGUGAUUAGUUCCUCCUUAUCCAUCAUAAUGAGGUCCAGAUUAGAAUUACCUUGCAUUGGGGUCCAAACAACUUAUGUCAGAAUAUAAUUACCUGGAGGUGCUGAGAACUUUAAUGAUACUCCCACGGGGGAUUAUUUUACUUCAAGGAUCUGAAAUCAAUCUACUCAGAUUUCCUCUCUGUGCACACUCGGGUAUAGCAUGUAACCUAUUUUAAAUGUCAUUCUUAUUUAGAUUUACAUACCUCUAAGCUUGUGCCCAGAGCUCUAGGAGCCUUUGCAAUAAACGCAAACACCAACUCUCCAAAAAUAACAGCCCUGGGGCAAGCGUCACUUACGAAAAAACAACGAUAAGCGAAAGAACAAACCCGUAUGUCUCCCCUCCUCUCGCCCCCUCUGCCCAGCAGGAUUAAAUUAGGUAAAGAUAGAUUACAACACAUACCUGCAGCUAUAAAACACACCUAGUUCUGAGCAAAUUCAAUUCAAAAAGCCAUUAGGAGGCCUCCAGGCAUGCAUCGAGCUGUGGAUGGCCAAAAACCGAACAGGAGUGUGGUGGGUUGGACCUGACUGGACACCAGGUGCCCACCAAAGCUGCUCUAUCACUCCCUCUCCUCAGCUGGGCAGGGGAGACGAAAUACAACAAAAGGUUUGUGGAUCGAGAUAAGGACGGGGAGAGAUCGCUCACCAAUUAUGUCAUGGGGAAACCAGACUCAACUUGGGAAAACUAGCGUAUUACCAAUCAAAAUCAGAGUAGGAUAAUGAGAAAUCAAACCAAAUCUUUCAACACCUUUUCCCCACCCCUCCUGUCUUCUUAGGCUCAAUUUCACUCCUGAUUUCUCUACCUCCUCCCCCCAAGCGGCACAGCGGGGUUGGGGGUUGUGGUCAGUUCACACACACACUAUCUCUGCCGCUCCUUCCUCCUCAGGGAGAGCACCCCCACACUCUUCCUCUGCUCCGGCAUGGUGCCCCUCCCAUGGUAAGACAGUUCUUGUGGGGUCUCCAUGGGCUGCAAAGGGAUAUCUGCUCUGCCAUUAACCUCCAUGUGCUGCAGGGGGACAGCCUGCCUCACCACAGUCUGCAUCAUGGGCUGCAGGAGAAUCUCUGUUCCAUUGCCUGAAGCACCUCCUCCUCCUCCUUCACUGACCUUGGUGUCCGCAGAGUUGUUUCUUUCACAUAGUCUCACUUCUCUCUUUUGCUGCAGUUUUUUUUCUCCUUUCUUAAAUCUGUUAUCACAGAAAUGCUACCACCAUCGCUGAUGGGCUCAGCCAGCGGUGGGUCUGUCUUGGAGCUGGCUGGAACUGGCUCUAUCGGACAUGGGGGAAACAUGUAGCAGCUUCUCGCAGAGGCCACCCCUAUAGCACCCCCGCUACCAAAACCUUGCUAUGCAAAUCCAGUACAAAGAGACUGCCCCUAACUCUACGAGCCAUCUUGUUUGAGACACUCCCCUACAACAAAAGUCAAAGCAGGUAAGACCAGGAAGGGAUGAAACAGAAACCUGCGUACUAAAAAUGCGUGCCUUUCUUAAGUACGGUGAGACAGCAGCCACCAACUGGACUGAACUUCUAUCUUCUUCUGUGGACACCAUAUGCGAUGUCCACCUAACGUUGUGCCCAGACUCCUUGGCUUUAGCUAUUUCCCUGUGCUGUGCCUGUGUUUAUCUUAUCAUUAAUUUAAAUUAUGUUAAUACUUGUUUAGGCUGAAUUAAUCCAAUGAGGCUGUAUUGUUGAGGUGUCCACGCAAAUUGUGUUUUCUUCAGCUUCUUUUUGUGCU